ACCUCCAGCCUCCUCCCUCCCUCUGGCCUGCCCCCCACCAGCGCGCCAUGGCCGGGGCCAGCGGCAGCGCGGGCAUCCGCUGGUCCAGACAGGAGACGCGCGCCCUGCUCUCCAUCCUGGGCGAGGCCGAGUACAUCCGGCGCCUGCAGACUGUGCACCACAACGCCGACGUCUACCAGGCCGUGGCCCAGCGCAUGCAGCAGGAAGGCUUCCGCCGCACCGAGCGCCAGUGCCGCUCCAAGUUCAAGGUCCUCAAGGCCCUGUACCUCAAGGCCUACGUGGCCCAGGCCACCAGCUCAGGGGACGCCCCGCACUGCCCCUUCUACGAGAUGCUCGACCAGCUGCUGCGGAGCCAGACCGCGGCAGACCCAGGCCCCUUAUCGGACGGUGCGGCUUGGGCCAAGCAUGGGGAACCGGGCCUUGUGGUCUCCGAGGCCCCCCGGGAAGAGGUGACCGGCCUUCUGCAUGCCCAGGGGCCGCAGGCCGCAGCCCCCCAGACUGCCCUGGGGUCAGUGCAGGGAUCCGAUGAGGAUUGUCAGCUGAGAAUCAGUGACCCGGAGGACUCUUGGGAUGAAUCCUCGGGCCCAGGGUGCUCGCGAGGGACCCCCAGCUACCGCAGCUCCCACCGCCUUUUCCGAGGGGUGGUCGCUCCCCGCCGGAGCAGCCCCCCGACCAGACUGGCUGUGUCUGGGGACCCCGGCCCCGGCCAACAGGCUCCCGGCAUGGCCGCCCCGCAGCAGCCCCCGCACGCCACCCCUGCCACUGGGACACCUGUUGUUUCCGGGGGGGCCAGGCCUGUGCCCAGUGAGCCCCUGCCACGUUGGGGCCGGCGGCGAAGGCGGUCGGUGGCCAGGACCAUCGCCGCUGAGCUGGCUGAGAACAGGCGCUUGGCGCGGGAACUGUCGCGGCGCGAGGAGGAGAAGCUGGACAGGCUGAUCGCCAUGGGCGAGGAGGCCAGCGCCCAGCAGGACGCAGCCAAUGCGCUCCGCAGGGAUGCCGUGGUGGCCGUCGGGCGCUUGGCCAGCGCCGUGGAAGAGGCCACCGGGGCUUUUCAGCUGGGGCUGGAGAAGCUGCUACAGAGGCUCAUUUCCAAUGCCAAGAGUUAGGAGCGGGUGGUCCA